CUCUGUGUGUGUGUGUGUAUUUCAGAGCCGCUCCUCGCCACGCCAAAAUGCACCGAACAACCAGAAUCAAAAUAACCGAGCUAAACCCCCAUCUCAUGUGCGUGCUCUGCGGCGGGUACUUCAUUGAUGCAACGACCAUCAUAGAGUGCCUCCACUCCUUCUGUAAGACCUGUAUCGUGCGUUACUUGGAGACCAGCAAGUAUUGUCCUAUCUGUGAUGUCCAAGUUCACAAAACUCGACCGCUUUUGAAUAUAAGGUCAGAUAAAACUCUCCAAGAUAUUGUAUACAAGCUAGUACCAGGCCUUUUCAAAAAUGAAAUGAAAAGAAGAAGGGAUUUUUAUGCUGCUCAUCCGUCGGCUGAUGCUGCCAAUGGCUCUAAUGAAGACAGGGGAGAAGUGGCUGAUGAAGACAAAAGAAUUAUAACAGACGACGAGAUAAUAAGCUUAUCCAUUGAAUUCUUUGACCAGAAUAGACUGGAGCGAAAAGGAAAUAAGGAGAAAGAAAAAUCAAAAGAAGAGGUGAAUGACAAAAGAUACUUGCGCUGCCCAGCAGCAAUGACAGUGAUGCAUCUAAGAAAGUUCUUGCGGAGUAAGAUGGAUAUACCUAACACUUUCCAGAUCGAUGUGAUGUAUGAAGAGGAGCCUCUGAAGGACUACUACACCCUAAUGGAUAUUGCCUACAUCUACACCUGGAGGCGGAAUGGGCCUCUGCCCUUGAAAUACCGUGUCCGACCUACUUGCAAGAGGAUGAAGAUCAGUCACCAGAGGGAAGGGUUGAACAACAGUGGGGAGCUGGAAAGUGACUCUGGGAGCGACAAGGCGAGCAGCCCAGCAGGAGGCAUCCCCUCCACCUCCUCCUGUUUGCCCAGCCCCAGCACACCAGUCCAGUCUCCUCACCCCCAGUUCCCCCACAUCUCCAGCACCAUGAAUGGCACCAGCAGCAGCCCCAGCAGUAACCACCAGUCCUCCUUUACCAACAGAGCUCGGAAAACAUCAAUAAAUGGCUCCUCAGCCACUUCAUCUGGUUGAUGUGCCAACCAGGCUACCACCCUCGCCCCUCCUUUAUAUAGAUCUCUCCAUGCCAUUACAGCUUUAUAGAUGCUAAUCCAUGUGACUAUCAUCCAAAUUGCUUUCUUUUGUAGUAACACUGAACUUGGCUAUAAAAGUCGGACUAGGUGACAUUCAGGAUGGACGUUAAUGGAAACGCAAGUUUGAAAUGUAAAUUGUUUUCAGAGGACUGGGAAGCAAACAAAAGUUACACCUUCACCUGUUCUGAAUGAUGUGGAGUUGUUUCUGUCCCCAUCAUCUGGAGCCAGGAGACUCCAGAAGUCAAUACAAAUCCUGGGAAGUAGUUUGUUAAUCCAGACUAACUCCUCCAUUGCGUUCUCUUUGAUUGUUAUUGUUCUUAUACUGUUUUGUGAACCUGUAGAAAGCAAGUGCUUUUUCAUCUUGAAAUCCAACAAAAUUGAAAGAAUAUGCAUAGAAAAAUGCAUAUAUGUAGCCAUGUCACUGUGAAUAACAAUUUUUGCGUAUUAGCCAUUUUGAUUCUUAUGUUGCAUCUUUUACUUCUCUGUUGCUGCGCAGAACCGAUCAAAAGAAAAGUAAACUUCAGUUUUACAAUCUGUAUGCCUAAAAGCGGGUAUUACCGUUUUAUUUACUGACUUGUUUAAAUGAUUCGCUUUUGUAAGAAUCAGAUGGCAUUAUGCUUAUUGUACAAUGCCAUAUUGGUAUAUGACAUAACAGGAAACAGUAUUGUAUGAUAUAUUUAUAAAUACUAUAAAGAAAAUAUUGUGUUUCAUGCACUCAUGAUAUGGUUGUUAAAUUUCUAAACUGGUUCGACCCUUGCAGAUGCCGCCUGUUUGAGCUUUGCUCAUACUGCAAGAAACACAUUGCGUGUGAGAGCUACAGUAUUGGGAAAGCACAUUCAAGUCUCUGAUAACCUGGAGGCAAUUGGCAAUCUUAAAAGGAUUUUACUUGCUUUGUCUUUUUUUUUUUUCUUCCAAGUGGAAUAUUUUUACUUUACCAAAUGUUAAAGUGAUACAGUGAAAAAAAAAAAUAAAAAAAUCAAGGGACAUGGAAGUUUUAGACCUGUUUGAUUACCUUUUUAUUAUUUGGUGUGGUGGGACUGUGUUUUUAAAAGCACAUGGAAUCAUUAUAGAAGCCAUAAACUAUUUGAUAUAAAUUUUAAGGAACCAGCGAGUGGCUGGAUGAAGGCAUUUUAUCUAAAUUUGUUUUAAUAUAUAUGUAUGUGGUACAGUACUAACUUCAUUAAAAUUUAACUGGUACUUUAAUAUUUCCAAUAAAUUGUGGAGAAUGCCUUCUCUUUAAUGGCCUGCAAGUAGGUGCAUUUCAUUAGAGGCUUCUAAGGGUGGGAUUUUUUCAGUAGGAGGAACUUUUCCACCAUAAAAUAUGAACAGCCCAGAACACUUUUCAGUUUGUGCUUUGCUUUGGUCGAACUUUGUGUGUGUUCAUCACCCAUCAGUUAUACAUUUGUGAGGGUGUUUAUUCUAUAUGGAUAUUGUUUCAUGUUUGUACGGAAAAAUUGUAGUUAAACAUUUCAUUGUCUCCAGUCUGCAAAAGAAGCACAAUUCUUAUUGCUUUGUCUUGCUUAUAGUCAUUAAAUCAUUACUUUUGCAUAUAAA